AUGAGAAUGGACAGGCUGACCAGCUCAACUUCCAACCAGGUGCAGAUCCAGUUCUUUGAGUUGGCCCAUCCCAACAUCUAUCCCCUCUAUGAACUGCUGGAACAUGUGAAAGGGCUGGUCCUGCAGAACCAAAGCUGUGGGAUCUCCAUGACCCAGGGCAACAUGGGAUAUCUGAGAGGAGUCCUGGCGUCGCUGUAUUCCUUAGCUUUGAAAUGCCUUAUCAGUCUCUCCACGAUCAUCCUCCUCGGUCUGAUCAUCGUGUACCACGCCAGGGAAAUACAGUUAUUCAUGGUGGACAAUGGAGCAGAUGACUGGAGAAUAGCCAUGACUUAUGAGCGUAUUUUCUUCAUCUGCUUGGAAAUACUGGUGUGUGCUAUUCAUCCCAUACCUGGGAAUUAUACGUUCACAUGGACGGCCCGGCUUGCCUUCUCCUAUGCCCCCUCCACAACCACCGCUGAUGUGGAUAUUAUUUUAUCUAUACCAAUGUUCUUAAGACUCUAUCUGAUUGCCAGAGUCAUGCUUUUACAUAGCAAACUUUUCACCGAUGCCUCCUCUAGAAGCAUUGGGGCACUUAAUAAGAUAAACUUCAAUACGCGUUUUGUUAUGAAGACUUUAAUGACUAUCUGCCCAGGAACUGUGCUCUUGGUUUUUAGUAUCUCAUUAUGGAUAAUUGCCGCAUGGACUGUCCGAGCUUGUGAAAGGUACCAUGAUCAACAGGAUGUUACUAGCAACUUCCUUGGAGCAAUGUGGUUGAUAUCAAUAACCUUUCUCUCCAUUGGUUAUGGUGACAUGGUACCUAACACAUACUGUGGGAAAGGAGUCUGCUUGCUUACUGGAAUCAUGGGUGCAGGUUGCACAGCCCUGGUGGUAGCCGUAGUGGCAAGAAAGCUAGAACUUACCAAAGCAGAAAAGCAUGUGCACAAUUUCAUGAUGGAUACUCAGCUGACCAAAAGAGUGAAAAACGCAGCCGCCAAUGUACUCAGGGAAACGUGGUUAAUCUACAAAAACACAAAGCUAGUGAAAAAGAUCGACCACGCAAAAGUAAGAAAGCAUCAACGGAAAUUCUUGCAAGCUAUUCAUCAAUUGAGAAGUGUGAAGAUGGAACAGAGGAAACUGAAUGAUCAAGCAAACACCCUAGUGGAUCUGGCAAAGACCCAGAAUAUCAUGUAUGACAUGAUUUCCGACUUAAAUGAAAGGAGCGAAGACUUUGAGAAAAGGAUCGUCACCCUGGAAACAAAAUUAGAGACUUUGAUUGGUAGCAUCCAUGCCCUCCCUGGGCUCAUCAGCCAGACCAUCAGACAGCAGCAGAGGGACUUCAUUGAGGCUCAGAUGGAGAACUAUGACAAGCAUGUCACCUACAAUGCUGAGCGCUCCCGGUCCUCGUCCAGGAGGAGGCGGUCCUCCUCCACAGCGCCACCAACAUCAUCAGAGAGUAGCUGGAAGAGAAUAAGAGAACCACAAAAAAAGACUUUUUGCCAUCAUAUGGUCAAUAUGUUAGCUUUUAUUGUAAAGCCCCUAUGGUUCUAA